AUGGAGCCGGCGACCUGCGAGAUCGCGCGCCUGCCGGAGGAGCUCCUCUCGGCGGCGCUGGCCCGCACCUCCCCGCGCGACGCCUGCCGCGCCGCCGCGGUCUCCCCGGCCUUCCGCGACGCGGCCGACUCCGACGCCGUCUGGGCCUGCUUCCUGCCCCGCGACCUCCCGCCGCUCGCCGACGGGGAGCUGCUGCACCCCGCGACGCCGCCCAGCAAGAAGGACCUCUUCCUCCGCCUCUCCGACCAUGACAACCCCCUCCUCCUCCCGGACAAACUCGUGAGUAUGUGGCUGGACAGGGAGACCGGGGCCAAGUGCUACAUGCUGUCCGCGAGGGAUCUGACCAUCAUAUGGGGCGACACGCCGCAGUACUGGACCUGGAUCCCUCUCCCAGACUCUAGGUUCUCUGAAUGUGCUCAACUCUUGCACGUUUGCUGGUUCGACAUCAGUGGAAAGAUACCUUGCAAGAUGCUGUCGCAAGACACUGUCUACGCCGCUUACAUAGUGUUCAAGGUGAACGAAAAUUCCCUCGGGCUGGAUUAUCCUGUCCAGGAGGCAUCCAUCAGCGUCGGGGUAACCAGCUUAACCCGCAAGGUUUGCCUCGAACACAAUGAUGAGGAUGAGGGUGAGGCUGGUGCGGUGCCUGGGCACUAUUGGCCAGUGAGGCCACAUCCGCCACAAAGAACCAGGAGAAGAAACCGCCGUGCAGUUCGUCAUGGCGAGAACGUAGGGCGCCCUCAGAAAAGAGCCGACGGCUGGAUGGAGCUGGAGCUGGGGGAGUUCUUCAACGAGGGGGGCGAAGACGGCGAGGUGUCCUUCAGCCUGAUGGAGGUUAAAGGCGGGCACUGGAAGAGUGGGCUCAUCGUGCAGGGCAUCGAGAUCAGACGCAAGAAAUCGGGCUGAGGAUCGUGCUUCUAGGAUGAUCAAGCAGGCAUCCGGGUUGAAGUAAAUAAAUAACGGGAUCCGUUCUGUGGUGCGUGUUUUGGAAACGCCUGGCUGUUUCUGGUAAUGCUGUGUGGAACUACAAUGCUGUGUGUCUUGGUUAGAGUGAGUCAUCCUGUGCACCUGUGGCAACUUCGCGUCUUGUUUCCCUUUUUCGGCAACGCGCCAAAGUUUUUCUGGAGGAGCCAGGAGGUAUGGUGAAAUUUUAAAAAAAAGCCAGGAGUAUGGUAGGUUUAAGUUCAUGUAAAAUUCAGAAUCUCCAUCGGCCUAAUAUUUUGCUGGACGGAAAGCAUCAGUGUUUCA